GGGAAUAUCUCAGACUUGACUUUCAACACGUUGUUCUGUGAUAAAAUGAUUAUUUUAUUCAAAAUUUGCUCUUCAGAAUUGAAAGACAAGUUUUACAUCAUACAAUUUUAUGUAUCCAUAUGUUGAUGUGAUAUCUAGGCACGAAAAGUCAUGCCUUGAAUUAGUUAAAAUUAUGAACUUAAAAGAUUUAUUUACACUAUUUUCUAUUAGUCAUAUUCUCACAGUGUCAUUCAUAUGAGAAGCGCUAAUGCAGUAUAAAUUUGCUUAGCUAUACUGACUCGAAUUUUCUUUUCCUCGAAAAUACCCGGAUACGAUAAAAAUUGAAUAGCAACCAUAGCAACUACUCUUUUUACAGAAUACCUUUCGAUCAUUCUUAUGACAAUUGAAAUAAUUAUCUCACAUAAUUUUCUACGUUUACCAAGUUCGAACAACCUUACAACGAAACUUGAAAAAGUAUAUUUUUCCACUUUUGCACACAAUUAUGUUCUAGUUUGAAAUUACUAACUUUCAAUAUUGUUAUAAUAUGAAUAAUAUUCCCAGCUGUACAGUUGAUACACAAAUUAUUAAAUAUUUAUCACGCAGAAAAAUUGCUUCGCCAUGCUCUCUGAAAACGCUACCUUUAUAAAGUUAAUUUCUAUCAGUAAGUCGCGUUCGAUCUCUCAGUAAAUAUACGAUUAGGGCUACAGAUGUAGACUUUUCAAUAACAGUAAUAAGACACUGUAAAAGAUAAGAAGCCUAAUGUACUUUUUCAAUGUUUCACUUUUCCGUUCUUCUAUCAAUAUAUUCGCUCCGUGAGAAAUGCAUGAAAAUAAUUUAUAAGCAAUAUCAUACCAAUUACUAGAGUAUACUGAAAAUAAACAAAAAACCAAGAAGAUUCACAUAAAUAAAUUUUGUACAAGGUGCUUGACCUUACCGACAGUAAUCUGCAUUAUCAUCCAACCGAGUCGCACGGUAACUCUCUACUCCGACACUUCGGAGCACAGUGCGCUGAGAUCGAGUUCGUCAGCUGUGCGCGAGCUCCUCGGCUCCGUCGAUGCUGGAGAGAAGACGUUCGAUUUUCAUCAAGGGCUGUUUUUUUUAUUGCGAAUUAGAUCCUCGAAGGGCCGAAAAUGAUCGGCUCGAGAGCUGCCGGUCUCCUAAGGAGCAUCUCGCGAAAUCCGGCCAACCAGAAAUGUCUAACAGCUUUAGGACAACAAGUACGACGCAGCAGCAGUGAGAGCGAGUGGACUUAUCGCACUGGAAGACCUGGAGCCCCGUGGUCACAGCGAGGUGGAUUAAUAUGUUCAACAAUCUGUUGGUGGUGGAUUUACUGGAAUCUGUACCACAGCUGGCCCCACAUAAUUGGAUUGUAUGAUGGUAAAUUUCUGCCAGACCCAAGAAAAGACUUUACGGAUGAAGAACUUGGUAUUCCUCCAGAUGACGUAUAAGUCAUAGAUUCAUAG